GGCAACGACCAGGUUCGGUUUGAGCUCACCUGCUACGCUCUAUGUCCUAAGAUCAAGAUCAUCGCACCAUGGAGGAUGCCUGAGUUUUACCAGCGCUUCCCUGGGCGCCGCGAACUAAUGGACUAUGCCAAGAAACAUGGGAUCCCGGUGCCCGUGACGCCCCAGACACCCUGGAGCAUGGAUGAAAACCUCAUGCACAUCAGCUACGAAGCCGGGAUCCUGGAGAACCCCAAGAAUCAGGCUCCCCCUGGGCUCUACACGAAGACCCGUGAUCCAGCCACCUCUCCCGACACCCCGGAUGUGCUGGAGAUCGAGUUUGAGCGUGGUGUCCCUGUGAAGGUCACCAACGCUGGGGAUGGAGCCACUCGUUGCACAGCACUGGAGCUCUUCGUGUACCUGAACGACAUCGCGGGCAAGCACGGAGUCGGGCGCAUCGACAUCGUGGAGAACCGCUUUGUUGGGAUGAAGUCCAGAGGUAUCUAUGAGACCCCAGCGGGAACGAUCCUAUACCACGCGCAUUUAGAUAUCGAGGCCUUCACCAUGGAUCGGGAAGUACGGAAAAUCAAGCAGGGGCUCGCCUUGAAAUUCUCCGAGCUGGUUUACAAUGGCUUCUGGCACAGCCCCGAGUGCGAGUUCCUCCGGGAGUGCAUUGGGCGCUCGCAGGAGGCCGUGGUGGGCACCGUGCGCCUCUCCGUCUUCAAGGGGCAGGUUUACAUCCUGGGCAGGGAGUCCCCGCGCUCCCUGUACAACGAGGAGCUGGUGAGCAUGAACGUGCAAGGGGACUAUGAGCCUGCUGAUGCCACCGGCUUCAUCAACAUCAACUCACUGAGGCUGAAGGAAUAUCAUCGUCUCCAGAGCAAGGUCACCGUAAAGCAGAAUGAAUAGCAAUCAAUCGCGCGCAAGCCUUCCCCGCUCCCCCCUUUUCUAAUUUCUCUUAAGAACUAGCACUAAUUGUGGUGGUAAUUUGUAAUUGUAACUCGUCUCCCCGGAGGUGAUGGCUUUGUUACGGGGCAGCAAGUG